UCAAUGAACAAAGUGGUACAGGUGCAGAUGGUCAGAUGCCCGAGAUGUCCGUUACACGUACAGGCGACAAACGUCGUACCAAUAGCAGUUCAAGACAUUCGAGCGACACGGCCCAAACUAAUGAUAACGUGCAUGAAGGGGGUACUUGUAAACCGAAAGAGUCUACAGUUUUGACGCGUGACGGACAAACUAAGAAGGAUGUGGCUCUAGUUAAGAGAAAGGCGGAUCAUUUGGUACGUGAUGUGACACGCGUGAAGCGCACGAAUUUGACUGUGUCAACAUCUAACCAACCCGAUAGCAGUGACGACUUUGUGAAUGAAUGCCCUCGUACGCGUCAUGUCAAGACCGACAUAAAGCAUAAAGGUGAUGGUAAAGAG